GCCGUCUGCCGAUUGUCAAUUGCCAACUUAUUAGAAAAGUGGAAAAGGCGUUCAAAUAAUUUUUCUUUUUCGUAAAAGAAAAUCAGUGACCCUCAAAAUGUUAGCAUUGAUUAAUCGCAUCCUGGAUUGGAUAAAAAGCUUGUUUUGGAAGGAAGAAAUGGAGCUAACUCUAGUUGGUUUACAAUAUUCAGGAAAAACAACUUUUGUGAACGUCAUUGCCUCAGGGCAAUUUAGUGAAGAUAUGAUACCUACAGUUGGCUUCAAUAUGCGCAAAAUAACCAAAGGGAAUGUUACUAUUAAGGUUUGGGACAUUGGUGGGCAGCCCAGAUUCCGCUCAAUGUGGGAGAGAUAUUGUAGAGGAGUGAAUGCUAUAGUUUACAUGGUUGAUGCUGCUGACCCAGACAAGAUUGAAGCGUCACGUAAUGAAUUGCACAGUUUACUUGAGAAGCAACAACUGACUGGAAUUCCAGUUUUGGUACUUGGUAACAAGCGUGAUUUACCGCAUGCUCUAGAUGAACAUGGCCUUAUUGAACGCAUGAAUCUCUCUGCAAUCCAAGAUCGUGAAAUCUGUUGUUACUCAAUCUCUUGUAAGGAGAAGGACAAUAUUGACAUAACCCUGCAAUGGCUUAUUGCACACAGUAAAUCUGGCAGUGCGCGUUAAACGCAUUAUCAAUUAACACAAGUCAUCCGGAACACUUGAGGCGCAGGCCUGCACCGGCGCUAUGCGCUUUACUCUAGCAGAUAAAUGUUGCACUUAUUUGGCCUAAGCAGUGUUUAUUAUUUACCACUCUUGCCAAAUAUCUUCACUAUACUCUUUAAGCUAGGAGAAAUUUUGAUCCUUAUCUUAGUAUUUAGGUUUCGUUGAAACCGAACUAGUCUAAUAGCAAAUUGUUGAAUUAAUGGCAACAUUUGAAUAUAACUUCGCCUUGUGUCGAAUGGAGACGACUUGUUGAAUUGCUGAUAGAGUUUUGCCAAAGCACUUAUCGUUUGGAAGACAUGCUAUUGAUUGUAUUGUGGUCUGUUUGCUGCUAGCGCAUUGAUAUGUGUUUUGGCAAAUUGUUAAUGUUUCAUAUCGAAUUAGAACCAAUUUGAUUGCUGAGGGAAACGGUUUGCUGUUGUAGUUUCUGUAUGCUUCAUAGGGUUUAUUUUUCCUGACCAUUAGUCCAUUUUUACGCAGUUAAAAUUCAAGUGAUCAAUACAGAAAUUUAGUAAUAUUACACAUAAUGUAAUAGAUUAUGACAAAACAGACUCAUGGCAUAUCAUGUUGAUGUGAUAAUUCGGUAUGAAGUUGUUCGAAUUCCUUUAGAUAUAUUAUAAACUUAGCUUGAGUCGGUGCACUCUCUAUUAUAACUUGUGUUUCAUAUUAAAUUUAAUUUUGAUAUCGAAGGCCCUGUAUACUAUAAUUAAAUGUGGCAACUUUUAAAUUUAUAUAUACUUUGUUACUCAAAAUUGUUACCAUUUAUCGUAGCUGGGGAAAAAUUGGUAAUUUAUUAUUCAAGAAUUAGUUACGAUUAUUUAUUUUAAUAAUUAUUUAAAUAUAUAAAAUCAUAUGAGUUUAAUCUCAAUCAUUUAUAUUAAUUUAUCAAAAGCAGAAGGGUGCUUGUGUUGCAUUUGUUUUUUUUUUAUUUUGUUACAAAGUAUGGCAAUGACAGCUGACGAUUUGACACGUGACUUUUUCAUACAAAUUCGUUUGAUGUUACUCACGACUGUCGAAAAGUGAUUUUGUCUCAAGCCCUAGCACCCUUCGCAUAAACUAUACGUAAUGUAGAAUAGUUUGCGUUUAGUUGAGCGCCCUCGUUCUUUAUUUAAAAAUACUAACGUAUAUCGUUCGAAAAGCUUUCUUAAUAAACUUAUAAAAUUCCCUGGAACGCAUGAUAGCUGUCACAGCAGGUAUCUAUGUAAACGAAUGUAUAAUAAAAAUAUUGUAGUCUAUGCUAAGGGUUAUACCUUUCUUUCUUCAACGAAUUAAGAUCUUUUAAAUAUAAUUGAUAUAAAUCUUAAUCAUUCCUAUUAAGCACAAAGUAGCAAAAAAUAUUCCAUUAUAUUUUA